AUGAGCAGUCUAUGCCUACAGAGGUUACAAGAAGAAAGAAAGAAGUGGAGAAAGGAUCAUCCUUUUGGAUUCUGGGCUAAACCUGCCAGAAAAGAAGAUGGUACCAUGAACUUACAAAAAUGGGAGGCAGGAAUACCUGGUAGAGAGGGUACUAUUUGGAAAGAUGCUGUUUAUCCGAUAACCAUCGAAUAUCCGGAUGACUAUCCCUCUAAACCGCCCAGAGUAAAAUUCCCUGCUGGUUUUUAUCACCCAAAUAUUUAUCCAAGUGGUACUGUUUGUCUCAGUAUAUUGAAUGAAGAUCAGGACUGGAAGCCCGCUAUUACUAUGAAACAAAUCUUGCUUGGUGUUCAAGAUUUACUGAAUAGUCCAAACCCUAACUCGCCGGCACAAGAACCUGCAUGGAGAGCAUUUGCAAAAAACCUACAAGAAUAUGAAAGAAAGGUUAUCGAGCAGGCUAGGAGAUACGCCAAAUGA